AUGCCACCGCACAAUGGCGAGGGUGUUGCACGAAAGCCGGCCAGUAGGUCUCAUCCUGCUCCAACGCGUAUAGUACCUGCAAUUCCUCUGUCCCUGUCCCGUGGCAAGCCAAACCGGACGAAACAGAAUGUGGUAGCCGCGUCCACCGCGGCUCUCGAGCAAAAAGUGCCAGCUGGCGCGGGACAGGACAAUGCGCAGACGCACGAUCAAGAGGAUGUAGCAAAAGCAGCGGCGCCAGCUCAAGAGGAGGGUCCAGGGCAUGAAGCGCAGUCCAAUGGUGGUGAUCGCGUGAUUGCGCCGUCAGUUGGCACUCCAGUAUCACACAGCAGCGUGGCCAUGUCGGCAUCAGACGAYCACGCUGCUGCACCCUCCAGCGAAAGCGCUCCUUCGAGUGAGGCAUGGACAAAUGGCCAGGCAGAAACGCACAGCCCAGCUGUUGUGUCUAGCCCAAGCACUGUACGCAAGCCCUCGGACAGGUUUGAGAUGCGCCAGAUCAGGACGGAGCUACCACCUGCAUUCAUUCCGGCUGAGCAGUUCGCUCCGCGUUCCGCCACAUCUUCCCAGACGCGCCCGCAUCCACACGCUCUACCGCACGGACAUCCUACCAAUCCCAGCGUAGGCAGCAUUGUAUUUGGCGGCCGCGAUUCAUGUGGCUCAUCACCUGCGCCGCCAUUAUCGGCAGGAUCUGCUUACCUUCCGCCUCGCAACGUCCCAAUGUAUGGCCACAUGCACAAUGGGUCCGAGACGCAGGGAUUGCAAAUGGUUCAAGGCAACGAGCAAUUCACCCAACGCCAGCCAGGCUUCGUUCCCUCUGUACCUCAGCAACCCUACCAACCACAGAUUGAACACCCUCACGCACACUUCCGAUAUCCUUCCCGCGAGGUCCUCGCGGCUGGGAUCGUUUCGCCGCCUAAUGGCUACGCUGCAGGUUCACGCUCGGGAUCCCCCUUUUCGCCACUUGGACCGGAGUCCCAGAGGCACGGCUCUGACCUUCCGUUCGUCCCUGGACAUGAGCAUCUAUCUAAUGGUGGUAAGCACAUCCCUCAAGGACCACGAGCUUCGUUCACUCGAAACGCUCGUCCCAUCCCUCCACAAGUCCAAUACCACGUCCCACCCCCACCUCCUCUUUUCCCGUAUCCUGAGCUGGCGACCUCCUUUGAAAAUGCCGAGUCACUCCGCGGGUACGCUUUCAAUCACUUCAACAAUCCUGACUUCGCCGAUUGCGUUCUCGAGCUUGCCGAUGAGUAUGGCGGUCGUCUGCCAUUGGAGGGUCACCGCAUCAUUCUCAGCCGUAGCCCUGUGCUUGCGGCAAUCAUCCGAAGCAAUGAUGGUCCAAAUGCGACAGUUCCUAAGCCCUUGGUGAAGGUGUUUUUGAGUGGCAAACAACUACGUAUCCAACCAGUCGUGCUAGCGAUCAGAUAUCUUUACGGCGGACCAUUGCCGCCAUUUGACAUGUACGAUUCUGCUGCACCGCUCGGAUCCUUCAGCGUCUCUGUGAGGGAACGGAUGGAUACUGCCCUACAGCACAUUGCCACUGGCUCCUGGAUGGGCAUUGCCGCCAUUGCUCACCGUGGCGUCGACAUGGCGGCGAGUCUCCUCAAUUGGGACACAAUCUCAUCUGCUCUAGAGYUUGCGCUCGAUGGCGGGAUCAGCCAGAUGUGGCCCAUUGAUGACGGCGAGGAGCAGCACAGUACAUGCUCCAGCGACGACUCCGUGACCAAGCCCGAGGCGGGGGGCACCCCAAAAUACGGCCACUACGCGUCCGGUCUGCUGCAACGAGUGAUUGAGUUCACGGUACAAAACAUACCCUCGAACUUCUACAUCGACUCGGCUGCACCAGCCUCGUCCGCGGUACCUCGCCUGCCUGUACCUCCUCCAAAACAUGAAAGCAAGUCAUCCAAAUCCGACCCAAGACUGAGUAAGAUCAAGUUUGGCGAUAUGUCGGCUGAAGCAGAGAUCCAUCAGCGGCCAUCUCCUACAGCGACGGCGAUCUCAAGUCUCCUACUGUCUUUGCCGUUUCCCCUCUUACGUUACCUGCUUGAGCACUUCCUUCUUACCGAGCGCCUCGGGGCAGAGACGGUGGCAUCCAUAAUGCGCCAGAUCGUCGGUGAGCGUGAAGCCCGCCGGCUCAAAGCAUCCAAGGCUCUCGCGGCCAGCCAACAUGCCGGCGGACUCGACACUUAUCUAGUCCAAAACCUGUAUUGGCAGGAAACUGUCGAGUUCUCCGAUCAGAGCCGCUCUGGCUUCCGGCUUGCCCGUAAGCGCGUUGGUAUGGACACGCCACCGAGUUCUGGUACUGAGUCCGAACGGCAUAGUGGCUGA